CAAAAACAAUCCGAUGGGAAUGGAAAUUGCUUAAGUGGGGCAUCGCAAGACGAGACGAUGUUGUGUUAAUGCUGAUUUAACUAAUAUAUUUUAUCGUUCGAAUGAAUGUUUUGUUUAUUAUCACUUAAAUCUGGAAUAGGUACAAGUGAAAGAAAAUGAGUGUUAGCAAAGAAGCAGCAGCUGCUGUGGCAAAGAAAACUUCAAACGAAUUUAAUAUAGCAAGUUUUGCUUACAGUGCCUUCAAAAAGAUAGCUACAGUAGGAUGUAUUUAUUUCUUCGGAUAUAUGAACUGGUCCGUUGGCUGGUUCGUCGCACCAAUAAUAUUCUUGAUAAUGCGUGAACAAUGGAAAGAAGCUGCAGAUACCAAAAGGAAUAUAGCGAAAACUGCAGCGUUAUCGAAUGAAAGGGACGUUGUUUUAGCUCGAUUAGACGAGCUACCAGCGUGGGUUUUCUUUCCAGACGUAGAAAGGGUGGAAUGGCUGAACAGGAUCAUUCAGCAAGUUUGGCCUAACGUUAACAAUUAUACGAGAGAACUUAUUCGAGAUACUAUACAGCCAAUAAUUCAGGAAAGUUUGGAGGCUUAUAAAAUGAAGGGAUUCAAAUUUGAAAGAAUCAUUUUGGGUAGUAUUCCUGUAAGGAUCGGCGGCGUAAAAGUUUAUGACAAAAACACAGAUAGAAAUGAGAUCAUAAUGGAUUUGGACGUAUUCUACGCCGGUGACUGUGAUAUAACAUUUUACGUAGCAGGCAUCAAAGGCGGCAUAAAAGAUCUUCAGUUGAAAGGAAUGAUGCGUGUUGUGAUGAAACCUUUAAUUUCUUCGAUUCCUUUGGUGGGAGGGGUUCAAGUUUUCUUCCUGAAUAAUCCAGAGAUCGACUUCAAUUUGGUGGGAGUAGCUGAUCUACUUGAUAUGCCUGGCCUAGGGGAUUUGUUUAGGAAAGUAAUAACAGAAAUUAUCGCCUCGAUGUUGGUUUUACCCAAUAAAUAUUCGAUGAAAUUGAGCGAAGAAGUGGAAACCAUUGAUGUGAAGGCUCCAGAGCCUGAGGGAGUUUUGAGAGUUCACGUAGUGGAAGCUAAACAUUUGAUGAAGAAGGAUCUUGGAGUGCUUGGAGGUGGAAAAUCUGACCCAUAUGCAGUUAUAACUGUUGGGGCUCAAGAAUACAAAACGGGGGUGGUGAAGAAUUCUUUGGAUCCUAAGUGGGAUUACUGGUGCGAGUUUGUUAUAACUGAAGUUUACGGACAGCAGUUAUUCAUCCAUUUGUGGGACUUGGACGACGCCCUAGAUGAUGAGAAUCUUGGUAGGGCCACGGUGGAUAUUUCAAACAUUGUAAAGCAAGAACAAGCGGAUAUGUGGCUCACUUUGGAGAAUGCCAAACAUGGAAUGGUUCAUUUGAGAUUCACAUGGUUGAGUUUGAGCAACAAUGUGAACGAUUUGAAGGCUGCCCUGAUAGAAGCCCAAUUGUUAGGCACUGAGAAAGUGAGCACAGCUCUAUUGUGCGUCUUUGUGGAUUCUGCGAGAAAUUUACCACUUGCCCGCCAAUCUAGUCAGCCCGAUCCGUAUGCGGUCUUGAGACUUGGAAAUUCCACCAAACAGACUCAAAUCAUAAUGAGAAAUCCCGAACCGGUGUGGGAGGAAGGUUUCGUUUUUCGAGUGCAGAAUCCGAACAACGACAUCCUACAUCUGAGGAUAGUGGAUAAGAAGACGGGUCACGACAUCGGUAGUCUGGAGUAUAGCAUCAAGAAUUUGCUCAAUAAGGACAGCAUGGCAGUGAAUAAGGAGCCUUUUAGGUUGCAGAAGUCUGGGACAGAUAGCAGAAUUAUAUGGUCGUUGAGCCUUAAGAUUUUGAAACUCAGUGGAUUGACCCACGAAUCACUGGCGGAGCAGAACAAUGAACCGGUAGUUAUAGUGGAUGAAAAAUCGCCUCUGCUAGCUCAAACGUCUAAUUCUUCAGGUGCGUCCAGAUCUCCAGAACGAAGUCCAACUAGAACAUUACCCAAGCAGUCCAGUAUCGAAAGUUGGCAGGAAGAUAGAAUUGACGAUUCCUCGGUACAUCUUGAAUCCUCAGUGCCGAUAAACGACACAUCUUGCGACAGAAUUAUCCAUCGUAACCCCAGCCAAACAUCAUCAUCUGGGGAUGCAGGACUGGGUCGUUUGCAGUUAACUCUCCAGUACAGCACCCAAAGACAGAAAUUAGUUGUAAUUGUGCACAAAAUUGCGCAUAUACCGCAGAGGGACCCCUCUAACAUCCCAGAUCCGUAUGUCAAACUAUAUCUACUCCCGGGAAGAUCUAAAGAGAGCAAAAGGAAAACGGCUACUAUAAAAGACAACUGUAAUCCAGUGUUCGAGGAGAGCUUCGAAUAUUUGAUUUCACAGAACGAACUCCUGAAUAAAAAGUUGGAAAUAACCGUAUGCACCCAAAAAGCCAUGUUUUACUCAAGCUCCAACAUACUGGGUCAGGUGGUGAUAGAUUUGUGCAAAUUGGAGAUAGAUAAGUCCUACAGCUCAUGGUUUGACUUGCAACCAGAAUACUCCCAUGAGUGAAGGCUUUUUGGUACACGAACAGAAGUUAUAUUUUCGGAAUUGUAUUUUAUGAACUGUUGAAUGUGAAUUUAGCUAAAUAUUGUUAUUCAUUGGAAGUUUUUUUACUAUUUAAUUUUUGGCUAAACUUUGUCAUUAGUUACCCAAGAGAUUCACUUUUUAUAUAUGGGUUUCAUUAUAAAGCUCAAUUUGAAGCGAUUGAUUGUUUUUUAGUUUCAUAUAUGUAUACAUGUAUUUAUGCUCAAAUAGAUUUGAAUAGCAU